CACAAGAUUGUCAAUGUAUUGUUGAUAUUAGAAUUCAAUUGAUUAUAAUUUAGUGGAAAUUUUUGUAUUAUUCAAAGUACAAUUCAAUAAACAUUUUACAAUAUAAAUAUUCAACAAAACGAUGUGGCUCCGGACAGGCAAACUUUAGGUACUUUACAUAUCUUCGGAAUGUAAUAAUGUGAUAAACUUACAAAUAGAACAUAAUCAUAAAGAGCAGCUUACUUGAAACGAUGAGGUCGAACAGCAAGAACACUUUGCUGAAAGUGGUGAUUUUAGGGGACGGGGGCGUCGGGAAGAGUUGCCUGAUGAACAGGUUCGUAUCGAACCAGUUCGACGAACACUCUUUUCACACCAUCGGCGUCGAAUUCCUCAACAAAGACAUCGAACUCGAUGGCGAAACGUACACUCUACAAAUUUGGGAUACAGCCGGACAGGAACGAUUCAAAACGUUAAGAACCCCUUUCUACCGAGGCAGCGAUAUAUGCAUGCUAACCUACGCGGUCGAUGAUAAAUCCAGCUUUAAAAACAUCGAAAUGUGGAGGAACGAGUUUCUCAAUUACGCUGACGUUAAAGAAAACGGCCAGUUCCCAUUUAUCGUCGUUGGAAAUAAGUCCGAUGUCCCAGUCGAGGAACGUGAAGUGUCCCAAUUGGAGUUGGAGACGUGGUGCAACGAGAACUCGAUCACUUCUUGCAUAGAAACUUCAGCGAAAAGCGCCAGCAAUGUACAGGAAGCGUUCAAAAUGGCCGUGCAGUAUUGGUUGAGACUAGAAUCCAGAGCCGAUAAAAUCGAUCCGGGGGUCAACGAUACAGUCGAUUUGAAGAAGAAACAUUCCGAUAACAGAAGCUCCUGUUGUACGGGAUCCAGCGAAUGAUCAUUCGAUCGGUUGAAUCGUUUAUUUGGCCAGCUACAGCGAUUUUUACUUGUAUAUGCAUUUCUCGUUGUGGUGAGGACUGUUUUAUUUGUGCAUUAGUUGCAUUUGAAUGAAUUUGAUAGGGUUUUAAAUGUGCUCUAAUGGCGGUGAUUGUUAAAUGCGUUUAGAUUGCACUGCGUAUGAACUCGUUGGUACGUUUUUGUUAUCGAUGUAGCAAUAAAAGUUACCUUUAUGUUAUUGAUACUUCUAAAUGAACAGUAUUUAAAUGUUACUAGCCAAAUAUGUGUUUAUACGCAGCUUGGAUUGUAACUAUUUUCGGCCCGAGCUGCUUAUUUAUUAUGUUUUUUGUUUUGUGAAAGUAUUUUUAGUAAAUUGUUUAUUGUCAAGUUAGUACAGCUCUAUUUAGGUAAGAUUCUGGGUUGUUUUUUGGUGGAAGUAGUACCAUCAAAUUUGCAUUAUUUGAUUUCAUGUCUAAUGGAAAAAAAAAUUAUAGUAUUAUCAAGUACCAAAUAUUUAUCUUUCAGUUUGUAUAACUUUAUUUUGAUCUAGGUAAAUUUACAUACUACCAUGUUUUAGUUUAAUUUUACAUUGUUGGGACAAGCCUUGCAAAUUAUUUAAAUCCUUAUUAUUUAAAUUAUCGCACAAAUUAGAAAGAUUAAAAACAAAUUAAAUGUGCCGUGUAUAAAGAAUGUCAAAAAUUUGUAUUGCUUUAAGCACACAAUACUCAUUGUAUAUAGUUAUUAGCUAAAUUAGCUUUUGUACUGCAAUGUCUGAUAACAAUAAAA